AUGCCCCUUCCUCCUCCCCAGCAGGGCCAGGGCUUUUGGGAAGUCACGCAAGGACUCCUCUCCUUGCAGAGUCCCUCAGGUGAAGAUCUGAAAAGUCCCUGCACCACGACCACAGACACAGUGUGUCAGUGCAAAAACGGGACCUUCAAGAAUGAAAACUUUCCUGAGAAGUGCCAGGAGUGCAGCACAGGGUGCCCCAGAGAGAUGGUCAAGGUAUGGGAUUGUACGCCCUGGAGUGACAUCAAGUGCAUCAACGAAUCAGCUGCCAGUUCCACUGGGAAACCCCCAGCUGCAGAGGGGACAGUGACCUCCAGCCCGGGGACUCCUGCCUCUCCCCUUCCCACCAUAGCCGUCGUAGUGGUCUUACUUCUAGUGUUCAUUCCGGGUGUGGCUGUGUUUGUUUGGAAGCCUUCACUGUGGAGGAAAGUCCUUUCUUGCUUGAAAGGCAUCUGCUCAGGUGCUGGAGGGGACCCUGAACGUGUAGACAGAGUCUUUUUCAGGUGUUCACAUCCCUCACGAGGUCCUGAGGAUGAGGUCAAUGCCUGCAACGAGACCCUGAGUGAUAGAGACUUCCAGCCCACCCAGGUCCCUGAGCAGGAAAUCAAAGGUCAGGAGCUGGCUGAGCUGACAGGUGUGACUGUACAGUCGCCAGAUGAGACACAGCAUCUGCUGGCAGAAGCCGAAGGGUGUCAGAGGAGGAGGCUGCAGGUUCCGGUGAAUGAUGCUGACCCCACUGAGAUCAACACAUUGCUGGGUGCCUCGGUGACACCGGGAGAACGACAUGCAAAGGAAACAUUUCAAGACCAACUGGUGGGCGCUGAAAAGCUUCUCUAUGAAGAAGGUGACGGAGGCUCUGCUACGUCCUGCAUGUGAAAGAAUCUCUUCAGGAAACCAGAGCUUCCCUCAUUUACCUUUUCUCCCACGAAGGAAAGCAGCCUGGAGGAGACACUCCAGUGCUUGACCCACGCCUCAGCAAACUACUGUCCAAUACGGUGCAGCUUACCUGAGGUCCUACAACUUUGUCCAUGCACUUGGAGUCAUUUUUAAGGAAUAUUGACUAUGAUAAGCAAAUUUCAGAGAUUUAUAUAAGAUCCUUGGUGGCAUAGAGUUAUACGAUUGCAUAUUAAGGGUGGUUUUAGGCCACAUGCGUUGGCUCAUGCCUGUAAUCCCUCCAAUUUGGGAGUCUGAGGCGGAUGAAUCACUUGAGCUCAGGAGUUCGAAACCAGCCUGGACAACACAGUGAAACUCAGUCUCAUUUAAAAAGAAAAACGGUGGUUUUAAGAUGUCAUUAUUUUCAGUUCUUCAUCCUGAGACAAGUCUUUUUUCUAUUUCUUAUAUUGUAGGCUCCAUCUCGGCUGGUGUGUGCAUUUAAUUACAUCUAACUACAGAUGCCACACAGCGACAAUGGUUUGCCUUACAGUUUUUUAACUUUGGAACUGGAUGAUCUGGCUAUUACCUAUAUUUUUAGUUUAGGAUAUUUUCGACUUGAUGAGAUUUUCAAGACAUAGCCCCAUAGUAAGUCAUGAGCAUGUGGAGUUAUGAGGGUUCGACUUCGAGUUUUGAGUUUUAAGAUACGAUUAUUGGGGCUUGUCCCCACCUUAGGUGGAGAAUAAUUUGUAUUUCUGAGUAUUAUAUGAUAUACAUCUUUCUAUUUUCCGAUUUUUUAUAAUGACGUAAGCAUGGAAAAACUCUUAAGAAAUGCACUUAUUAGGCUGUUUACCUGGGUUGUCUGUAUGCAAACCAGCAGUCACAAAUGACUAGAAAUAUAAGUAGCUACGGAGGGAGAAAUCCUCCCUCUUUGGGAGGCAGUGCCUGUGUUCCAGAUCUCCUCCUACGCCCUGUGACCGGACCAGGGUUUGAUGGCUGGCAGUUUCUCAAGGGGCCUGUCUUAUUUGAUAAUUUUAGAGGUAUAUAGCAGUAUUUAUUUAUAAAUAAAUAUUUAUUUAUUUAUAAGUAGAUGUUUACAUAUGCCCAGGAUUUUGGUGAGCGUGGGAUCUACGGGAAGCCAUGUGUCUGGUCGGUCCUGCUGGGACAGGCAUGAGACUGCAUCUUCCUGCUUGUCCACAGCAGAUGAGGACAGUGAGAACUGGGUGAGAUCUGAGACUGCGAAUAGCUUCUCUGUCAAGUGCCCUUACAGCUGAACAGGAGUGAAUCUUGGGCGUCCUUUGGGCUCAGAGCAGAGCGGGUGUUCAUCUGCCCGAGCAUCUGCCUUGUCAUCGAGAGGGAAGAGUAGACGGUGUUUGGGAAUGGUAUGAAAUGGUUGCUGACUCAGGCGUGGGCAGCCCCUCUCGCUUCUGGUGCUUUGUGAUGCUGAGCCCCUGGACAGCAUUUAAGGGUACAGAUUCCUGAGCUGCAUUUUAGGGUACAGAUUCCUUAUUUGAGGGGCUUGGUCCCUUUGUAAGCAUCUGACAGAUUUCAGAAAUACUAGUUCUUAAACACUGUGACAACGGAAUCUAGAAUGGCUGAUGCAGUAAUGCUUCGUUCUUGUGUCCCAUUCUAUUAUUUUACUUAAAAGCCUCAGUAAUCAUUUUGUCCUCUUUCCAGCAAACUCUUCUCCACAGUAGUGCAGUCGUGGUAGGAUAAUUUACAGUUGUAGUCAUUCUAGGGGUUUCCGUGUUUGCCGUCUCAAGGCAUUGUCUGUUGUCCUGCUCCGGGACUGGUUUGGCUGAGACAGUUAGAAUUCCCUGAAGAUUUCAGCACAUUGACAGUAUUGUAUCCAUGAUCUUUGGGAGGGGGUGGCCUUUCUGGUCUUGGCACUUCCAUCCUCCCCCACUUCCAUCUGGCAUCCCACGUGUUGUCCCCUGCACUUCUGGAAGGCACAGGGUGCUGCUGCCUCCUGGUCUUUGCCUUUCCUAGGCCUUCGGUGCAGGACGCUCGGCCUCAGAGCUCAGAGGGAGCCAGUCUGGUCCCAGCUCCCUUGUCCCUUCUGCAGUGGCCUUCCUUGAAGAUGCAUUUAGAAUAUCAGCCUUAUCAGUGUUGGUUAAGCUUAUUUUUGUAAAGUAAGCUUCUUGACAACAUGAAAAUUGUUGGGAGUUUUUAGUGUUAAUUUGUUUGUUUUGGUUUUGCUGUAUACCCAGGCCAAAUAGCACAUAACACCUGGUUAUAUGUGAAAAGCUCAUAUGUUCAUGAAUUUUGUCCAAAAUAAACAUGAAACCUUAUAUAAAAAGA